CAAGGCUCGGUGUGGAAGGACGGAGUCUCGGCGCACACGCCUCCUACCAAAAUCGCAGCCCGGUGGAGCCCGGCUCAUUCAGCUUUCUAGAGAAAUCUGAGCUGGAACCUGCCAGAAUAGGAGGUCUCACCCAGCGAGCUCAGCCGUGAGGACACCUGCAGAAACACGUUCCCAAAGCCAGCCUGGGCGCCGGCGUGCAGAUUGGAGUCAUAGCUAUGUGUGGAAGCUGGCCAUGAAAAAUGCAAGCUCAACUUUCCCCUUGAACCUACAGUAAUUUAUCUCAGAACAUUGUUGAGUCCCCUGAACUGUAGUGAGCAAUGGCCUCGAUUUUGCUUGUCUUUGGAAUGGUCACCACUACAUAGGGCCCGAAUGCCCUACGGCUUUCCAGGAACAGAAAGAAGAUCUCAUCUUUGUCUGUUUCAGUGGAAGUCUGGUGGUAGGAAUACUGUUGCAUGGGCCACAAUUUCAGCACACCAUCAGGUGAAUGGGACCAAUCUUUCUUCUUCCAAAACAUCAGAAAUUGAGCACUUGGAAAGGAGAUUUGGCCAAGAUGACCCAUUUGCAGGCUGGACUCAGUCCAGAUACUAUAGAGAAAGCACGCCUGGAACUGAAUGAAAACCCAGAUGUUUUACAUCAGGAUAUUCAGCAAGUCAGGGACAUGAUCAUCACCAGGCCUGACAUUGGAUUUUUACGUACGGAUGAUGCUUUCAUUCUGAGAUUUCUCCGAGCCAGGAAGUUUCACCAAGCAGAUGCAUUUAGACUCCUGGCCCAGUACUUCCAGUACCGCCAGCUAAAUCUGGACAUGUUCAAAAACUUCAAGGCGGAUGAUCCUGGCAUUAAGAGGGCUUUGAUUGAUGGGUUCCCUGGAGUGCUGGAAAACCGUGACCAUUAUGGCAGGAAGAUUCUUCUGCUGUUUGCUGCCAAUUGGGAUCAGAGUAGGAACUCCUUCACAGACAUCCUCCGUGCCAUCCUACUGUCCUUGGAAGUCCUUAUUGAAGAUCCAGAGCUUCAGAUAAAUGGCUUCAUUUUAAUUAUAGACUGGAGUAAUUUUUCCUUCAAACAAGCUUCCAAACUGACGCCUUCAAUCCUUAAACUGGCCAUUGAAGGGUUGCAGGACAGCUUUCCUGCCCGCUUUGGAGGCGUUCAUUUUGUCAACCAACCCUGGUAUAUUCAUGCUCUGUAUACGCUCAUCAAGCCAUUCCUUAAAGACAAGACCAGAAAACGGAUUUUUCUUCAUGGAAACAAUUUAAACAGCCUUCACCAACUAAUACAUCCGGAAUUUUUGCCCUCUGAAUUUGGAGGAACCCUUCCUCCUUAUGACAUGGGAACAUGGGCCCGGACGUUACUCGGUCCUGACUAUAGUGAUGAAAAUGAUUAUACUCAUACAUCCUAUAAUGCAAUGCAUGUGAAACAUACCUCCUCCAAUCUGGAGAGAGAAUGUUCGCCCAAGCCAAUGAAAAGAUCUCAGUCUGUGGUAGAAGCUGGGACCCUGAAACAUGAGGAGAAGGGAGAAAAUGAGAACACUCAACCACUCCUGGCUCUGGACUGAGCCCAAGCCACCCAGAUGCUCCUGCACCCUGGUCUUCAGUGGUAUCAGUCACCCCAGAAAGCACAUGUGCAACUGACCCCCACAGACAUGUGUGUUCUACUUAACACAAGGUCCUCCAUUCUUGCCCCCAGCAAUGACUGUCAACAGCCAUCGGUCGGAGCAACCAAAGUUGGACAAGAAUUUAGAGAUGCUUUUUGUUUUAGUGGAGGGAUGGGAGGAUAAAGCAAGGCAUUUAUGUAAAAAAUGUUCUCUUUCCCUACAUAUUUAUAGUAUCAAAUGAAUUAAAAUGUAAAAAAGUUAAACGACGUACAACUGUAUUAGGAUGGGGAUUUUUCUGAGAAAUCACACAGGGACCCUCUCUAGUUUUUACAAAUUAAGAGUAAGUGUAUUUCCAAGUAAAUACAUCACAUUUAAACUGUGCAGACACAAUUGUCAAGUUCAAUGUAGUUCAGAGCCUUGAGGUAUAAUAUCUAAUUUGCAUCCUUAUUGAAUUAUGUUCUUUGACCUCAUCACCAGCAUAGAAUUUUUCAGUCUAAGAGCAUGUUCUCAUAGGUCUGGCUACUUGCAAGAUUUUCUUAUUUUGAUACCCUGUAAAACAAUGAUUUCACUGUUACAAUUUUUGUCAGGUCACCACCUGACUUCCACAAGAUGACUUAAAAACACCUACAAUUUGAAAUAUGACUUCAUCUUAGCAAUGUGAUUUCCCACAGGCAUCCAGAGAACCCAAAGAAGAGGUAUUUCUUGAGCACACAUGUCAGUGAUUAAUAAACCCAUUAAACUUGGCUCACUUGGGUCACUACAGCCAAGAAAAGUGCUACCAAAUCAUUUAACCCUUCAGCCUUCUGCAAUCAUUAUAGAGAAAGGUCCAGCAACUCAUAAGUGCAGAGCUAUUAAAUCAAAGAGGAAGAACCUGGAGAAUGGCUAUGAUGUACAGAAGAGACUAGGAAUGCAGGACAAAAUGCCAAAGAUCAUUUUAUUUGUUUAUCUAUUAUGCUUAGAAAUGGAGUCCCCAUCUAUCCAUUCAAAGAAAAUUCAAUGUAAAAUAAACAGAUGUCACAGGCAAUUAUUUGUGUCAUGUUUCCCAAGAUCAGUUGCCUAUUUUUAGAUAUAUCUUAUCUUGACCAGCCAUCUGCAUGACAUGGAAUUAAUAUGACCAAUUGGUGCUCAGUGUCAAGGUAAAAAUAUUUUAGUUGAUAAUUGGCAGUAAAAAGUGAUUUUACAAUGAAGUAUGUGGGAGAGUUGAUUUGUUAGCUGAAGAAUUCAAAGUAAUGAGGUGAUUGAUCCCAUUGGCCAUAAUCACCCUCAUAUAUUGUAAUUAAUUGUAAUUAAUCUUAACAAUUUAUUAUACUCUUCUUCAAUGAAUCUAAUGUCUUAAUUAUUUUUUACUGGUAGAGAAUAAUAAUUCACUUUUAUAUUCCACCUUUGAAGUAUAUAAUUGAAUUACGAUUAAAAAUCUUUCUCAAACAAUUGCAUCACAGUAUAAGUAAAACCAAUUCAUUUUGCAUAGACAUUUCAAAUCGAAAAAUAAUAACACUGAAAUAAUUUUACCAGUGCAGUGGCUGAAACACUUACGUAACAAGACAAAGGUAAGAGAAACGAAGAAAUACUUAUGUGACAAGACAAAGGUAAGAGAAAUGAAGGAUUAAAAUGAAUUAGGAAAACUGACUUUUUAUUGCCUGGGUUUUAAAAAUAAGUGUGGGAUCCAACUAUGUAAAAUGCUAUUGGAGUCAAUUAUUGCCAGCUCUUUGGAACAGUAAUUUUUCUGCUUUUCAAUUGGCAAUAUUUAGAAUCCUACUGUAGCCACUGUUAAAUACAUUAUAUUUAUUAAGCUGAAAGCUAGUUUUUACUCUUUUCCACAGUUUCCUUAAGUGAAUGUAGGAGGAUGGUUCAACUCUGACAACAUAUGGUUUGCAUUUUGUUUACCUGUAUGCAAUUUACACAGGAAAACCAAAUUCAGUAAGUAACAUGAAUGGUACUACAUGAACACUGGAUUGUAUUGCCCUUGUCAGUCAUUUCCUGUUUAAUAAAUCCUGAAGGACACAAA